GAAGUGCGCUUAGAGGAUCAAACCGAACAGAGUUGAUCAGCAACUGGAUUUAUCUGUCAGCAGGCAAAGAUGGAUCGUCUCAUCUUGGUACUUUUAAUGGUCUAUGCCAUGAUAUCUCCAGUAGUAAUGCAGGUAGUGGCCGACACAGAAAAGCAAAUUGGAGAAGCGAAUGAUAUUCAGAUGGCUGGUUGCAUCAAGAUUAAUGGACAAGGAAAGAGCGAGAAAAGCCAAGAAAAACCAGAACAGAAUUCGAAAAUUCCUACGCCUCGUUCGUGUCUCGAUCACUUGAAAAAUGGAGAAACCAGAGCCAAGGUUUACACCAUCAUGACACCAAAAGGACCACAAGAAGUGUUCUGUGAUCUGAGAUCUGAACCUGGUUCUGCCUGGACACUAGUGCUGUCCCAUCGAAUGGAAUACAGAAAUAAAGAUACCAUCGCUCCCUUCAAGAAACCCUUGACAAUGAACAUCCCAGUCAACGAAAAGUCCCCCAACUACAACAUGUACCGUAUGACGCGUGACCAGAUGACGAACAUCAAGUCCCAGUCCACUCAUUGGCGCGUCACCUGCAAUGGAGCUUUUGUAGACUACCGUGACUACCUUCGCGUUCGAUUUGCUGACCUAGACCCCCUGACCUUCAAUGGUGCAGGUGUCUGUAAGAAAGUCGAGUAUAUCAACGUUCGUGGUCACGUUGGUAUUGAGGUGACCGUACCAUUCUGGCAGAUGGCCAAUAGAUAUAUCCUUCAUCAUGACAGCAGUGCAAGAAAGUGCUCGUUUGGGGCAUCUGCAGGUUACGUGUCCAGUGAAGACAACUUUGGUUUUUACGGGAAAAUCAACCGAAAAUUCAGGUGCUCAUCGAGUGAUUAUACGACUUCCAACAUGUGGUUCGGUGCUUCUUUGUAAACGUUUCUCCAUCGUUAAUGUAUGUUAACGGAAAAUUAGGAAAUAAAUUAAGAUAAAUUAUUGCAAUGAUUGUUGAUUCAUUUAACGUGUCGUACAACCUAUAGCAAACAGGUUUCCAGUGAAUGUAGGAGGGGUAUUUAGUAUGGGAGACAUUUCCUGAUAUUUUUC